AUGCAGGCGAACCACUCCGAUAUGCACACCGACAUGCCGACCUCUUCCGAAGAGCAUGCGUCGUUACAUCCACCACAAGAUACACACCUCGGCAAUGCUGAUCCGCCUGCGCAUGAAGAUCAGCAGAGCGACCUCCCCUCGCAUGAGACCAUGCUGUCCGCGAAGCUCGCGGCCGAGAUCUACGCCGAGCGAUGCCUCAAGGCCGGGCAUGCAACCGUCGAGAGCGCCUUCGUUGCCAGCAAGUACGGCACUAGCCCCAAGACCGUCCGCGACAUCUGGAGCCGCCGGACCUGGGCCGAUGCCACCAGGCCUCUCUGGACCGAGGAGGAGAGGUCGCUCAUGGCGGCCAAGGAGGAGGGCAAGGACCAUCCCAUGCAGCCCGACAGCAAGAAGCGCAAGCGCGACGACGACCACGCUGGAUGCAGCAGCAGCUUGUCCUCCGGCGCCGCAGCUCCCGCCAUGGCGGACAUCAAGUCCCAGGCCAGCCAGGGCGGCAGCUCCGCGCACGAGCUGUGCUGGGGCUCCGAGGCCAGCACCAAGUGCGACAAGUCCUCGGGCAAGGAGUCGCCAGAGGAGAGCAGCGACGCGUCCAUCUCCAAGGGCUCCGGGCCCGACGGCUCGCCGGAGGGCUCGAGCAGCCCGACGUCAAGCUUCCCGUCCAAGUCGACGACGUCGUCGGACGCGGGCCGGUCGGAGCAGCACGGCUCGCAGGGGCAGCCGCCGGGGGCGUCCAUGACGGAUCUGCAGGAGGCGCUGGGGCAGGAUGGGGGGGGAGGGGGCAGCAGCGAGGACAGAAACAGCGAGGACAGAAAGUCGAGCGACAGCGAGGAGCCCAAGGACCCUUUCUCCGACUCGGGGCACGCUGAGCGAGCAGGGGCAGGAGGGGAGGCGGGGAAGCAUAAUUGGAUGCCCGAGGCAGAGCCCCAGCCGGGAGAGAGGAAGCACAGGCGCGAGAGCACGUUCAAGAAGUCGCAAGGGGGGGAGGGUAUCGACAGUCAGACGGCAGGGGAGAUAGCGGGGCUGCUGCGACAUAUGACGGAGCAGCAGGAGCAGAUCAUUGCGCAGCAGAAGUUAAUAUUAGAAAGGGGGCUUACGCCAAACAUGGAUGCUUUGGUUCAUAGGGCUUUGAAUACUGUUGGGCAUUUGAGGGCGGAAAUGGAAGCUUGGAGCCGAGAUAAAAAUAUGAAAGUUCGUGGGCUAACUGGGAUGGAUAUACAAGACCAGUCAGUCAGGGGCAUGGGGAAGAAGGUGUUCGUCAGGAAGUGCAUCCAGAGCGGCAGGCGAACUAUGGAAUCGGGGGAUCAGUGCUUGAGCAGGAACAAUCUCUUCCACAUUGCUCGGCUUGAAUCGCACAGAACCUUCAUGACAGUGGACUUCAUGUAA